AGCCUGCGUUGUUUUCUGAAUGCGGCUCUGCGGCGGCGUCAUGCAACCCAGUAGCUCACCAUCCGCCACUUUUGGCAAGCAACGAGCGAGCUCUCGAGCACCCAACCCUUCAUCAACAUCCAUCUACACCCCAUCCGUUAAGACUCCGGUGUUCCUCUUACGAACUGCAGCACUACCCGCUCGCAUCACCUUACCAAUAAACAACCACUCUCCGUCGAUACUUCCCUUACAGGGCCGCCAUCAUGCCUAGCGCCACGGGUCAAAACUGGGAGAAGUACCAGAAGAAGUUCGCCGACGACGAAGAGGAAGAAAAGAAGAUUGUACCGCUAUCCGAAGAUGAUAUCCAAGUUCUCAAGACCUACGGUGCAGCUCCAUACGCUGCUAAGAUCAAGGGAUUGGAGAAGGAGCUCAAGGAUGUUCAGCAGAGGGUGAACGAGAAGAUUGGUGUCAAGGAAUCAGAUACAGGCCUAGCACCGCCACAUCUGUGGGACAUCGCCGCCGAUAAGCAGAGGAUGCAGGAGGAGCAGCCGCUGCAGGUCGCCCGAUGCACCAAGAUCAUCCAAAGCGCAGACGAUCCAGAGAAGGCGAAAUAUGUCAUCAAUGUCAAGCAGAUCGCCAAGUUUGUCGUGAACCUUGGAGAGCGUGUUUCGCCAACGGAUAUCGAGGAGGGUAUGCGAGUAGGAGUCGACCGCCAAAAGUACCAGAUCCUCCUACCUCUACCGCCUAGAAUCGAUCCCUCGGUCACGAUGAUGACGGUCGAAGAGAAGCCCGAUGUUACGUACGGAGAUGUCGGUGGUUGCAAAGAGCAGAUUGAGAAGCUUCGUGAGGUUGUCGAGCUGCCUCUUCUCUCGCCGGAACGAUUUGUGAACCUUGGUAUCGAUCCGCCAAAGGGUAUUCUGUUGUACGGACCUCCUGGAACGGGAAAGACCCUGUGCGCUCGUGCCGUCGCCAACCGUACCGAUGCCACCUUCAUCCGUGUUAUCGGUUCCGAGCUUGUCCAGAAGUAUGUCGGAGAAGGUGCCCGCAUGGUUCGUGAGUUGUUCGAGAUGGCCCGCACGAAGAAGGCGUGUAUCAUCUUCUUCGAUGAGAUCGACGCUAUUGGAGGUGCCCGUUUCGACGACGGUGCUGGAGGUGACAACGAGGUUCAGCGAACCAUGUUGGAGCUCAUCACACAAUUGGACGGUUUCGACCCACGAGGAAACAUUAAGGUCAUGUUUGCUACCAACAGACCCAGCACCCUGGAUCCUGCCCUGCUCCGACCUGGACGUAUUGACCGAAAGGUCGAGUUCAGUUUGCCGGAUCUGGAGGGUAGGGCGAACGUGUUGAGAAUCCACGCCAAGAGCAUGAGCGUGGAGAGGGACAUUCGAUGGGAGUUGAUUUCGCGUCUGUGCCCGAACAGCACAGGUGCCGAGCUGAGGAGUGUCUGCACGGAAGCCGGUAUGUUUGCCAUUCGCGCGCGACGAAAGGUGGCGAAUGAGAAGGACUUCCUUGCAGCUGUUGAGAAGGUCAUCAAGGGCAACCUCAAGUUCAGCUCUACCGCAAGGUACAUGCAGUACAAUUAGGUGGGAUUCUUGCUGCGUAGGGACUGGUCGGAUACUAUUGGGUUGUGUAAAUUACCUGGUUACAGUAGAAGAUGUGGAAAUAAUUGCUUUGUCCCGAUCAACGUUGAUUCUCGUGUCUGGAAUCUGGAUGCUUGCUUGGCUUUACCGUUGUGUCAUGUGAAUCUUUCAAUCUCUCCAAUUUUUCGUUUCUUCGUUAUACAAAGUUACUAAUCUCAACAGCCGUAGAUGCCGG